GAGCACAAAAUUUUGAUGUUAUUAGACUGUCAACAUACAGGACCGCCUGUAAACUCAGAUUUGUACAAAAGAGAUGCAACCUCCAUCUGGUUGAUGUCUGGAACAUGAUCGAAGCCUUUCGUGAUAAUGGACUCAACACGUUGGACCACAAUGCAGAGAUCAGCGUGUCUCGGCUGGAGACAAUUCUGUCUUCCAUCUACUAUCAGCUCAACAAGCGGCUUCCCACCACCCACCAGAUCAAUGUGGAGCAGUCCAUUGGGCUUCUGCUGAAC